UUCGUAUUUAUCUUUUAUUAAGUUGACAACUUCUUAUUUAUACAUAUUAUUAUAUAUUUAAAAAGCUCGUUUCCCUUUUACGCUUUCGCUUUUUAAAAUCUUGACUUCAAUCAAAAUCACUGGUAUCGUAUCGCUUGAUUCAUUCUCUUCUUAGUUCUUACGGUUUGGUUUCGAAAAUCACUGUUUCAGUCGAAACCCUUAUAUUUAUAUCUGAUUUCGAUUCUUGAUGGGUUAGCCUAAUUCCAUUGAUCUUCAAGUUUCUACUCUUCUUAGGGUUUCAUGAGAUUUGUAUUUCAUGUUUGUAUUUUGUUAUGGAGUAGAUUAUGAGUAUUUUGAUCUGUGGAUAAUCUCUAUAAUCUUAUUCGACCAAAACACAUUCUUCAUUUUUUUUUUUUUUUUUAAUGAUUGUCUAGGGUUUUGUUUGUGUUAUUAAAGCUGUUUCUGUUUGUGUCUGUGAAUGAAAUAAUUAGAUGGAGAAUUUAGGAAAAAGAAGUACAGAAUGACUGAUCAGUUACAAUCGUCGUUUGAUUUGGUAAAUAUUUGAGGAAGAGAUAAAUAACCAAAUCCAAUUAUAUAUUGGUAAACCCAACUCUUUUCCUGUCUCUUUAUUUCUCUUAAUCUAUGAUCGCUAACCCUUCUGUUUUAUAUUGCAGUUACGAUUUUUCUUUCAUCCUGCUUUUGUGGGUUAGUUUUUUGCUCCAAUUCGAGAUUGGUUAGCAAAUUGUUGAAUUUAGCUAUUAACAGUGUCGAGCUGCGGUAGUGUUGGACUUGGCAGUAAAGUGAGGUUUUCGACCCCCGACUUCAGCUAAUAACAAUAUGUACAAGAGCUUUAGCUGGGAUCACUACAGUGUCAUGCUUUAGAUUUAGCUGGGUUUGGCUUUGGUUUGUAAUUAUGUGAAGAAAUUUUGAGGAGGAAAUCGGUGGUGUGCAGUAGUGGGGUUUAGCUUAUGGAGGGACGAUGUGUUUUUUUUAAGGCUGACGAUGUUCAGUUGGAGCAACAUUGCAAGGCUAAGGCCAAUGACAGUACUUAGGCAAGGCCAGUGACACCAGUUCAUCCACUGACAUUUCCCUAAAUAUUUCCAAGCAUGGGGAAGCUUGAAUUUUUCCAUUUGAGGGAUACCUGUGCUAAAGUUUUGGAGACUAGCCUACGAAAGCUUGGUGUUGAAAAGCUCAGUAAAGAUGAUGUGCAGAAGAUGCAAUGGGAAGUUUUGGAGGCCAAGAUUGGGAGCUGGAUUCAUUUCACGAGGAUCGACGUUUUGAAGGGAAAAACUAAUAAUGGUAGAUGGGUUGUAUAUAAUGAAGAAAAUGGCAUCCAAGCUCUUUACAGACAUAUUGUGUUGCUGCACUCGGCUAUAUCGUGUUGCCAGUCAUCGCCGCAGGAUUUCAGGGCAGGUUACUUAGCCUUUGCUUCAGCAAGAUGUAUGUUUAUUGACAAUAUAACAAAUAGACAGGACGUCAAGGCUACAUCUCCGAAGAUACAUCUCCAAUAAGCUACAAUGAUUACGCUGACAAUCAAAGGAUAUUAACAUCUUCAAUUCUAUAGACUUGAUAAAGUACCCAUUUAUUUAGUUUUAAUCAAGCUAAAAUGUAAUGAAUAUACAAAAAGACUGGGCUCUGCUUGAGAUUGCAAGAUAUGUCAAAAAAGACUGGGUUCUGCUUAAAUGUAAUAACGUGUUACUGAAUAUUACGCAUUACAUUUUCUCUGCUUCUGUGUUUGGUUUGUAAUACCGACUUGGAACGAGCAAAUUUUCUUCACAGCUAAAGCUUGAAAGAGAAGGUGGUAGGCCUAUCGAGAUAAAUGUACAAAGGUUGGAUAAAACGGGCUUCCUUGCGUGUAUUUUAUGCUUAUCCGAAUAUGACAUCAGGAAGUGGAUCUCUAUCAUCUGUGGGUAUUUUAUGUGUAACAUUUUAAAAAAUGCAACAGAAGAUAAAUUUUUCUCAA